CGUCCACUGCUGCUUAAUUUAUCCAGGAGUUUAGAUGAUCUCACUCACCGAGCCAACGUUGCAGCCGUGGAUCUUCCGAUAGAAAUGCUGCGUUUGAGUUUGUGUGAUCUGAUUGGUUAUUUCCGGCUGCCUGACGAAUGCUGGAGCCACGAGACCAGACAGAGCAGCAGCGGAGCGCUAAAGAACAGACAGAACCUGUUCCAGGAAGAGGUAAAAUGUGCUGCAAAGGAUUAUGGGUGUUUGGUUAUGCGUGUGUACUAUAUAAACAAAAAUCUGUGUAGCUCAUCUCUCUUUCUCUCUCAGGGUGUAAUUACUUUGGUCCUAGACUGCAUUGAUCACCUGCACCUGUAUAGCAGUGCGGCUCAUUUUGCCGAGGCUGCUGGGAAAGAGGCGGGAGAUGCAUGGGAAGCCAUUUUGAGCUCCCUCUAUGUGCUUCUGGCGGCGCUGAUCCGGGGGAAUCAGAAUAACUGCUCUCAGUUCUCCAGCUCUCUGGACUGGCUGAUCAGCAGACUGGAGAGACUUGAGGCCUCCACUGGAAUUCUUGAAGUGCUGCACUGUGUAUUAAUGGAAAGUCCAGAAGCCCUGAGUUUUAUUAAAGAAGAACACAUUCGCUCCAUCAUCACACUUUUAGACAAACACGGACGCAACCACAAGAUCCUGGAGGUGCUGUGUUCACUGUGUGUGUGUCAUGGUACAGCAGUGCGCUCUAAUCAGCACCUGAUCUGUGACACACUGCUGCCUGAGAGAGACUUACUGCUGCAGAGCCGCCUGAUGAACCACGUCACCAGUGUUCGCCCGAACAUCUACCUCUGCAUGGGAGACAACUCCGCACAGUACAGGAAGUGGUAUUAUGAGGUGGUGGUGGAGAAGGCGGAGCCUUUCGUGACACCUGAGCCUUCUCACCUGAGGGUGGGUUGGGCCUGUAGCGCAGGUUACCACCCCCCUCCAACGGGAGGUCACAGCUGGGGGUCAAACGGAGUCGGAGACGACCUGCGCUCAUACGGCUUCGACGGCCUGCACCUGUGGACAGGUGGCGUAGGUCGCAGGGUCAGCUCGGUCAGUCAGCGUCUGCUGAGGGAGGAUGAUGUCAUCAGCUGUUGCCUCGACCUCGGUGCGAAGUGUAUUUCUUUCCGAGUGAACGGGCAGCCGGUGCAGGGCAUGCUGGAGAAUUUCAACACCGACGCGCUCAUGUUUCCUGUGGUCAGUUUCUCCGCUGGAGUCAGGGUACGUUUGCUGUUCGGAGGUCAGCAGGGGGAGUUUAAAUUCCUGCCUCCUGCCGGAUUCUCACCGUGUGCUGAGGCUUUACUCCCCAGGGGGCGCUGCAGAUUGGAGCUGUGUGAAGAGGUCACACGGGGUCAGGGAAACAGCGGGCGUGAACUUUUAGGCCCUGCUGUAUCCACUGAGCCGGUGGUCUUUACCCCUACACCAGUGGAUACCAAUCAGGUGACGCUGCCUCCUCAGCUGGAGCUGAUCAGAGAGAGACUGGCUGAGAAUCUGCAUGAGCUCUGGCUGCUGGAGAAAACCGAGCAGGGAUGGACACACGGGCCGGUGAGGGAUGACAGUAAACAGGUUCACCCUGGACUGGUGGAGUUUUCCAAACUUCCAGAUCAGGAGAAACGCAGCAACCUCCAGGCCGCUGAACACACCCUGAGGUCUCUGUUGGCUCUCGGAGCUCGUAUCGGACUGUCUGAUGACCACGCAGAGGAGAAGGUCAAGUACGCCCGGCUCUCAAACAAGCAUGAACUGUGGAACGGUUACAUGCCGGCUCCGGUGGAUCAGUCCGGAGUUUCUCUAAGCGCUGCUCAGGAAGCUCUGGUGGAAGCGCUGGCUGAGAACGAGCACAACAUCUGGGCCAGAGAGCACAUCAGGCAGGGCUGGAGCUACGCACCACAGCAGGACAUUAAGGGGAAGAGGAGCCCUCAUCUGGUGCCGUUCUCUCUGUUGGAUGAGAGAAGCAGACAAUGUGCAAAAGAGUCAGCGAGGGAUGUGUUAGGAACCCUGCUUGGUUUUGGAUACUCUGUAGAAGCAUCAGAGGAAUGGCAGUCCCUGGGCCCUGACGUGAAGGCUGCGAGUGAGGAGAGGGUUCGGAUAUUCCGUGUGGAGCACACGUUCGCAGUGCAUGAUGGGAAAUGGUAUUUUGAGCUUGAGGCAGUCACUGCUGGAGAGAUGAGAGUGGGAUGGGCUCGAGUGGGAUGUCAAGCAGAUAUGGAGUUGUGGUCAGACGAGCAGGCCUACGUGUUUGAUGGCUCAAAGGGUCAGUGGUGGCAUGGGAGCACUGCCCCAUUUGGUCAUGUUUGGCAGAAGGGGGAUGUGAUUGGCUGUUUGUUGGAUUUGACUCGGAGAACCAUGAUGGUCACUUUAAACGGAGAGCUGCAGCUGAACACUUAUGGCUCUGAAAUUGCUUCCAAAGGGUUCAGUGCAACUGGUGGCUUUGUUCCUGUGUGUGUUUUGGGUGUGAAUCAGGUGGGACAGUUGAAUUUAGGCCAGCAGGUCAACUCACUGAAAUACUUCAGUGUGUGUGGGCUUCAGGAGGGCUACCAGCCUUUUGCACUGAACAUGAGCAAAGAUCCACCUCUCUGGAUGAGCUGGAGAGAGCCCUUAUUUGUACAAAUACCAGAGGACCAUCCCCGCUUACAGGUUAGUUACAUUGAUGGGACGGUUGGUCACCUUCCAGCUCUGAAGGUCACCCAGCGGUCAGUGGGAUUACCCGACAAUCUCAGCACUGAUGUUGAGUUCUAUCGCCUGAGCUUGCCCAUAGAGUGUGUACAAGUAUUCACCAAUCCUGUAGAUGGCACAGUACCUCCAGCUAGCAGUGUAGCCUGCCACAUUAAGGAACCAGAAGAAGGGGAGGUGGACUCUGACUUUGAAAUGCUGAUGAAGUCGGCCCACAGACACACAGGAACUAGAGAUGAACUAAACAACCAUAAGGAUCAUGCCCAAGAAAAGACUUCCAGACUUAAGCAAAGGUUUCUUUUGAAGAAGAAACCAGGAUUGAACACUAGUGGCUCUUCAGCCCGGCUGCUGGAGGAGGUGCUAGCGAUUGAGAGGGACAGCGCUAACCAAUUUGCCAACUGCACUAAGUACUACUAUUCUGUGAAGAUCCUACAUGGGCAGGAUCCAUCCUGUGUCUGGGUUGGAUGGGUGACUUCAAACUUCCACUCUGAUGAUCGAACCUUUGACCCGGAGAGAGUGUGUAGUGUGUCUGUCACACUUGGGGACCAAUGGGGAAAAGUUCUUAAGAGUAUCAAGUGCAGUUGCAGUUACAUGGUGUGUGCUGGAGAGGGCAGUAGUCUCUCCCACAGCCAAAGUAGCAUAAGGCUGGAGAUAGGCUGUUUGGUUGACACUGCGACUGGAUUUCUUACCUUUACUGCUAAUGGAAAGGAGAUGGGAAUCUUCUAUCAGGUGGAACCAGGCACUAAACUGUUCCCAGCAGUUUUUGCCAAAGCCACCAGUUCUGAUGUCUUCCAGUUUGAUCUUGGACGAAUUAAGGGUGCGUUGCCACUGUCUGCUGGUUUGUUUCGGAGCGAAAGGAAAAACAUGGAGCCUCAGUGUCAUCCCAGGCUUACUGUCCAAUCCCUGAUACCCAUGAGGUGGACACGGCUCCCCGAACAUGCCCCGCAGGUAGAGCUGAUACGGCUUGAGGAGAGGCAUGGCUGGAGGGCACAGUGCGCAGACAGUCUACAGGUCAUGACCCUGCACAUCCCUGAGGAGGACAGGAGCAUCGACAUUCUCGAACUCUCUGAAUUGGACAACCUGCUCAAGUUCCAUGACCACACUCUCCGUCUCUAUUCCGCCCUCUGUGCCCAUGGAAACAUACCCGUAAGCCACGCCUUGUGCAGCCACAUCGACCAGUCACAGCUUCUGUUUGCGUUGCGCUGUUCUAGAAUGCCUGGAAAUCUGCGAGCUGGUUUCUAUGACCUAUUAAUGACUGCCCACCUCAGUGUCCAUAGCAGUGCCAGGCAGGCUACCAUCCACGAGUAUAUUGUGCCCAUGACUGACGCCAUGCGGACUAGUACACGUUCUCAAAACAACAGAAAGCAACAUAGACUCCCAGGCAGUAACACCAGCACCUCUCUGCAACCGAGAAUGCACUUCAGCUCACCUUGUUUUGUUAGAGCUAGCGGCAACAGUUUUGAUAACAGGUCCAAUAGAUCUGAGCAGGGUUCCUGUCAAUAUAGUCCUGAAUUCCCAAUGGAUAUGCUGAAAGCUGUAAUGACAGCCAUGUUGGAGGAGGCAGUGCACUCAGUAGGGAAGAGUAUAAGAGACCCUGUAGGAGGCAGCAUAGAGCUAAUGCUUGUUCCUCUUCUCCAACUCCUCCACACACUCCUACUCAUGGGUGUAUAUCAUCACUCAGAUCUACGGCGUCUGCUUUCCUUCAUCCUUCCCUCUGUUUACAUGAGGGAAAAUAAUGCAGGAGAAUUAAUAGAUGGAGAUGGAGAGAAUUAUUACGAGAUACUGGGGAAGGAGAAAGAAGGAAGAGCCCUUCCUGAACAAAAGACUUUGUUACAGAUGAAGCUACCAGAAGCAGUUAAACUACAGUUGUGUCACCUGCUACAGUAUCUGUGUGACUGUGAGGUGCGUCACAGGGUCGAGGCCAUAAUGACCUUGUCUGCUGACCUUGUGGGUCGUCUCCAGGGCAACCAGCGCUCUCGCUACAUGAAUGUCAUGGAGGCACUCAACAUGUCUGCUGCUCUCACUGCUCGCAAGACCAAGGAGUUUCGCUCUCCACCUCAAGAACAGAUGAACCUGUUGCUUAACUUCCGAGACAUGGAGCAGGAUUGCCCCUGCCCUGAGAAGAUUAGAGAGUUGCUCUGGGAUUUCCAUCUGGAUCUCAGAAGUAAUUGUGUUGAAACUGAUGAAAACUUGGGUGCUGAAGAUGAUGAGAGUCAGCCUAUCCGGAAUCGAUUAAGAGACCUGGUGGACAAAAUGUCUCGUCUAAAGAGGAGGAUGUCUGGUGUGGUUGAAAAGGAUGUUGUGGCUAAACCUGUUUCUCUACAGUGGCUGAUCUCAGAUACUGUGAUGCGUUGGACUCACGAGGGACCGCUGGAAGACCCGGUUCUGGUACGGGCCGCCUUUGGACUCCUACGUUACCAGUACGCCGGCCUGUCUGGCAAAAUGGCCGCCCCGUUACAAAAAGCCUACUGCAUCACGCAAAACUCGGUAGAGGACACGCUUGGCCUGCAGGAGGCACUUGGACGGAUCCGCUCACUACUCACAGCUAGAAUGGGCAUAGAAGAAGAGGAACUCAUGAUCCGAGGACUUGGUGAUAUCAUGAAAAAUAAAGUGUUCUACCAGCACCCGAACCUGAUGAGGGCACUGGGUAUGCACGAGACUGUCAUGGAGGUGAUGGUUAAUGUCCUGGGCACCAGAGAAUCCAAGGAAAUCAGGUUUCCAAAGAUGGUGGCCCACUGCUGCCGUUUCCUGUGUUAUUUUUGUCGAAUCAGCCGCCACAACCAGAAAGCCAUGUUUGAUCACCUGAGCUACCUAUUGGACCACAGCAGCGUCGGACUUGCAUCUCCCUCCAUGCGAGGCUCAACUCCUCUGGAUGUGGCUGCGGCUUCUGUGAUGGACAACUACGAGCUGGCAUUAGCGCUCACAGAGCCAGACCUGGAGAAGGUGGUGCAGUAUUUGGCAGGCUGCGGUUUGCAGAGUUGUACACUGCUGCUCUCUAAAGGAUACGCAGACAUCGGCUGGAAUCCUGUCGAGGGCGAGCGAUACCUGGACUUACUGCGCUUUGCUGUCUUCUGCAACGGUGAAAGUGUGGAAGAGAACGCAUAUGUCGUUGUCCGGCUCCUGAUUCGCCGCCCCGAAUGCUUUGGCCCCGCCCUCCGAGUAGAGGGAGGAAACGGUCUCUUAGCAACCAUGGAGGAUGCCAUCAAGAUCUCAGAAGAGGAGAGUGGAGAGUGCUUUUCUAAAGCCUAUCAGUCCAGUAGCACACUCGACACUCUUGGUGAUGAAGAUGAUAAUGUCAUCCACAUGGGACACGCCAUCAUGACCUUUUACUCCGCUCUUAUAGACCUGCUGGGCCGCUGCGCUCCAGAGUUGCACCUGAUAGAGGCCGGUAAAGGCGAGGCUGUUCGUAUAAGGGCCAUCUUGAGAUCUCUGAUCCCCGUGAACGACCUGGAAGGAGUCAUCAGCAUCCCUUUCCCGCUCCCUUUUCUGGACAAAGAUGGUUGCAUGAUGGAGCCGGACAUGUCCAGGUGCUUCUGUCCAGAUCACAAGGCAUCCAUGGUGCUGUUUCUGGACCGAGUCUAUGGUGUCCAGGACCAGAACUUUCUGCUCCACCUCCUUGAGAAAGGUUUCCUGCCAGAUCUUCAAGCAGCCGUUAGCAUGGAUAAUAGUGGACUGGGUAGUACGGACAUGGCGUUGGCUCUGAACCGUUACUUGUGCGGGUCCGUGCUACCAUUGUUAAGUAAGUGCUCGUCGCUGCUACGUGGACUUCCUCUCGUUAGGACAGGAACGGUGGACGACUUCCUACAAGCACUCUACCGUCUCUCUAAAGCCAGCAGCCUCACCAAAGCCCAACACGAUGCCAUCCAGACCUGCCUGCUCUCUGUGUGUGGAAAACUGAAGCCGUCCCUGUUGCAGCCCCUACUGCGAAGUCUCGCGGUUGACGUCCCACAGCUGUCCGAGAGCACCAAGAUGCCACUUAAGCUUCUGACCGAUCAUUAUGAGCAGAACUGGAAGUACUACUGCACGACUGGUGGACGUGGGGGGUUUGGCUCCGCCUCAGAGGAGGAGCUUCAGCUCAGCAGGAAGCUGUUUUGGCAUGUUUUCAGAGCAUUGACCAAAAAGACGUAUGACGCCGAGACGUCCGAGGCGUCCGUCGGAUGUCUGGUUGCCGUGUCCGGUGCUGUUCCUCCUGAUCACGUCGACCUCACCUGCACAGCUGGCUUGGACACGCACUCUUCCCUGGACUCAGAGGGACGCUUCUGUCCUCAACCUCUGGACACGUCCGAUGUAACAGUGCCUGAGGGAUUGGAGUAUGUGGUGAAUAAAUACGCAGAACACACACACGAGAAGUGGUCACUGGAGAAGUUUGCUAAUGGUUGGGUUCACGGAGAGCAGAUGUGUGAGAGCUCUAAGGUUCACCCACUCCUGAAGCCCUACAGAGCCUUAUCGGAACGAGAUAAAGAGAACUACAGAGCGGCCAUUAAAGAGACCGUGAAAAGCAUGCUGGUCUUGGGCUGGACCAUCGAGCGGUCGAAAGAGGGGGAUACGAGGGACCUCCAUCACCUCUCCAGGAGGAUCUCACAGUCUGGCCAGCUGUCAUUUGAGGGAACCUCCAUGUUCAGUCCCAAACCAGCAGACACCAGCAGCAUCAUGCUGACCUGGGAUCAGUAUGCUAUGGCGGAACAACUGGCGGAAAAUUACCACAACAUCUGGGCCCAGAAGAAACUCCAGGAACUGCAAGCUAAAGGAGGGGGCAGUCACGCACUGCUGGUGCCGUAUGACUCUCUGAGUGGCCGAGAGAAGAGCCGAAUCCGAGAGAGAGCGCGGGACGUCCUGAAGUUCUUCCACAUCAAUGGAUACACCGUGUGGAGAGAGAGAAAACCUCCCGAGUCCGAUUGUCCCUCUAUCUCAGGCCGCUUUGCGUACCGUCUCCUCCAGCAGGCGCUCUCCUGUACCGAACAAGUGCAGGAAAAGAUGCUGGAGCUGGAGGUUGCUCAGGCUAGAGGGCAACCGGGAACAGCAGAAGACAUGUGUCACGAGCAGCAGAUGCGUUUCUUCAUCAAAGUUUGUACACGCAGUCCACUCCGUAUUUCAGUUUCAGGCUUCUUGGGUAAAGAUGCUCGGUGUGUGGUGAGCUGUCUGCAGAUCCUGGCACGCUCUCUGGACGCGAAGGUAGCGAUGAAGAUGGCGACGGAAUGUGUGCGUUCAGCCCUGCACUCAUUCUUCGAGGCUGCGGCGGUGGACUUGGAGCUGGCGGUAGACAGCGUGACCCCGGGGGUCAUCCAGUUUCGAGGAGAUAGAGAAGUUCUGACUUACACCACCGCUGCACUGCUCCCAGUCCUGACCUCUCUGUUUAAACAUACAGCUCACGGCCAGAGCUCACUCGACCUCAUGGGCGUGUCCAUCGCAGCCAAGGAUUCGUCCUGGACCCUCCCCUCCUUACAGGAAGCAUUGGCAGAUGUUGAAGACGUUCUGGAGGCGGAGUCAGCGGCUCGCCACGCCCUUCUGUCCCGAGUCAUGGAGGUAACUGUUCCUCUACUGUGCAGCUACGUGUGUCGUUGGGGUGAAGAGGAUAGUCUGGGGUCUGAGGGGCAGCAGGGGGCAUCAUGCUCCUCUCUCACACCCUCACACACCAACGCCCUGCUGGGACAAAUCCUCGCCAUCAUCCACGUCCACCUAGGCAGACACGAGUGCACCUGGAUGAAACGGAUUGCGGGUUUUGUCCAGCCGAUGGUCCGUAAUGCGGAACCCGGUCUCCUGACGAGUCGCAUCCUGCCUCUGAUGGAAAAGCUGAAGAAGAGGGCGGAGUCAGUGCUGCAGGAGGAGGAGAGCAUGAAGAUUGAGGGGUGUGGUGAUGUGGCAGAGAUGGAGCUGGCGGUGCAGGAGAAGUUUGCGGUGUUGGUGCAGGACAUCUACGCUGUUUAUCCCCUUCUCAUCCCGUUUGUCGAGCAUCACAGGAUACUCUGGCUGAGGGAGAUGAACGCAGAUGCUGAGAGACUCUUCAGUCUGGUUGCUGAUGUUUUCACUUUCUGGGCCAAAUCUCAUAACUUUAAGUGGGAGGAGCAGAACUUUGUAGUACAGAACGACAUCAACAACAUGACCUACCUGGUAAACAGCAGGAACAGCCAAAUGACAAAGAGAGAGUGUGAAGAGGAGAGGAGGAAGGUGAAGAGGAGCAAGGACGAGCGUUACUCCACACACACUUCUCUUAUCGUGGCCUCUCUGAAGAAGCUCCUCUCUGUUGGUCUGAAUCGAUGCUGUCAGAGAGAUAGAGACCUCAUUACUCUCGCCAAGAACCGCUUCGCUGAGAAAGAUACGGAGGAGGAAGUUCGAGCUUUCAUUUGCAUCAGCCUUCAACAGGUAAACCAGGAUGUUUCUCACUCUUUACUGGAUGAACGUCGUGUUGAAAGUGUUUUGGCUGUGGCCCGUGUGCUUUUCUAUCUGGAUCAGGUACGAGAGAUCUUCAGGGUCAUUAGAUCUGCCAAUUUGUUCAUCAGCUCUUUUAUAAUUUGUACUCAUUCAUUCUGUGAGCUGUUUGUUUAUUCUCACAUCAUUGAGUUCAGGCUGGAGGAAGACGGUCUGUACCUGGCCUACACUGACAUCAUGGCCAAGAGCUGCCAGGCCGAGGACGAGGACGGGCGUGAUGAGGUGAAAUCCUUUGAGGAGAAAGAGCUGGAGAAACAGAGACUCUUGUAUCAACAAGCCAGACUACAUGAACGUGGAGCUGCGGAGAUGGUUCUCCAGAGGCUCAGUGCCAGCAGAGGUGUUACGGGGCACUCAGUGGAGGCCACUCUUAAACUCGGCAUCGCCAUGCUGAACGGAGGAAACACAGACGUACAGCAGAAAAUGCUGGACUAUCUGAGAGUGAAAAGAGAUGUGGGAUUCUUUCACAGCCUGGCGAGCCUCAUGCAGUCCUGCAGUGUUUUAGACCUGAAUGCUUUCGAGAGGCAGAUGAAAGCCGAGGGUUUAGGAACUGCAGCUGAUGGCAACGCGGGUGAUAAGGUUAUGGCAGAUGAGCCGCUGACUUGUGAUCUCUUCCGCUUCCUCCAGUUGCUUUGUGAAGGACAUAAUGCAGAUUUUCAGAACUAUCUGAGGACUCAGACAGGAAACAAUACCACAGUAAAUAUUGUCAUCUCUACUGUGGACUACCUGCUCCGACUGCAGGAGUCCAUCAGUGACUUUUACUGGUAUUACUCUGGGAAAGAUGUGAUUGAUGAACACGGCCAGCGUAACUUCUCUAAAGCCAUCAGGGUGGCCAAACAGGUCUUCAACACGCUCACAGAGUAUAUCCAGGGUCCAUGCACUGGCAACCAGCAGAGUUUGGCCCACAGUCGGCUGUGGGACGCUGUGGUGGGCUUUCUCCAUGUUUUCGCCCACAUGCAGAUGAAGCUUUCUCAGGAUUCGAGUCAGAUUGAGCUGCUGAAGGAACUGAUGGAUCUGCUAAAAGACAUGGUGGUGAUGCUGUUGUCUAUGCUUGAAGGAAACGUUGUGAAUGGCACAAUCGGCAAACAGAUGGUGGACAUGCUGGUGGAGUCAUCCAGCAACGUUGAAAUGAUCCUCAAGUUCUUUGACAUGUUCCUGAAACUCAAAGACCUCGUAUCCUCUGAUGCCUUCAAAGAAUAUGACCCUGACGUACAAGGACUUAUCUCCAAGAAGGACUUCCAGAAGGCCAUGGAGGGCUACAAACGGUACACUCUAUCUGAGAUGGAUUACCUCUUGUCUUGCGCAGAGACGAACGAGACCAAGCUCCUGGACUAUCGUGCGUUUGUGGCGCGUUUUCACGAACCCGCCAAAGACAUCGGUUUCAACGUGGCUGUCCUUUUGACCAACCUGUCAGAGCACAUGUCUCAUGACGCUCGACUACGGAACUUUCUGGAGUUAGCUGACAGCGUGCUCAGGUAUUUCCAGCCUCACCUGGGCAGGAUUGAGAUCAUGGGCAGCGGGAAACGGGUCGAGAGGGUCUACUUUGAAAUCAGCGAGUCGAGCCGGAUGCAGUGGGAGAAACCACAGGUCAAGGAGAGCAAGCAUCAGUUCAUCUUCGACAUUGUUAACAAGGGAGGAGAGAAAGAAAAGAUGGAGCUCUUCGUGAACUUCUGCGAGGACACCAUCUUCGAGAUGCAGCUGGCCGCCCAGAUCUCUGCCUCCGACCGUGAUGAUGAGGUGCUGGGAAUAGAGGAUGAUGGAGUGGAUGAGAAGGAGGAGGAUAAGAACUCUGCUACAGAUAAUGAUGACACUAAAGUAGAGCAGAGAGGCUUUUCUUUGAUGGCGAUGAUGAAGCGGCUUCUCCUGGCCCCUCUCUGUGGCCUGAUGAUGAUAAUGUGUCUCCUCUCCAUAAGGAACGUGAAGAGGCAGAUAAAAAGGAUGACCAUGAAGGGUCUCAUUUUGGCCAUCGCUCUCUUCUUCCAGAAGGUUUUGUCAGCCAUUUUGCAUACCAUCUUAGACACCAUCUGCUUUUUCCUACACGUCCUCUAUCUUGUCUUUCUCAGUGGUUGCAUUAUCGAGUUCGCCAAAGAGACCAAACUCUCUGAUUUCUUCAGAGAUCUGACGGACCCGACCCUGGAUGACGUCACAGGGGUAAACGAAGGGGUAAUCCACAAGAACAAAGGUCCCUCACAGACCAGAUCGUCCCAUGGUGACCUUCAAGCAAUGACUCUCGACUUAUCGGCUGUGUCCAAAAACCCUCAGAUACUUACCGAUAUAUUUGGUCUCCAGUUAAGAAAGGAUGGAGGACAGUAUAUGCUAAUUAGUCGAGAUUCCAAUGCCAGCAUUGGUGAAGUAAUGAAUCCUUCUAAAUAUCAGGUGAUACAUACACAUAUACUAGGUGAGGACAAUGAGAAGAAGGACAAGAGGAAGGAAGAUGAGGCGAAACGCAGAUUCAGGAGGAUGAGCUUGCACAAAGCAGCGGAGCCUGAGGUUGAAGAAUCAGCGACGUGGAAAAUAAUCGACUCUCAGAAGACAAAACUGCUCAAUUAUUUUGCCAGGAAUUUCUACAACAUGCGAGUGCUGGCGCUGUGUGUGACCUUCGGCAUCAACUUCAUUCUUCUGUUCUACAAGGUUUCUUCUAGUGAAGCUGAAGGCGUGGCCAUGCCGGACCUCGGCGAUGAGAAUGAUGACUCUAAGAGUGUGCGUUUUAUUCUGGGAGAAAGUGGUUAUAUGAAGUCUGUGCUCCACAGUCUGGCUCUGUUACACACUCUUAUCUCCUUCUGCUCCAUCAUCGGCUACUACUGUCUGAAGGUUCCUUUAGUAGUGUUCAAGCGGGAGAAGGAGCUAGCACGUAAGCUGGAGUUCGACGGUUUGUACGUCAUACGGCAACCUGCCGAUGAUGACGUCAGGGGCCAGUGGGACCGGCUGGUCAUAAACACGCUAUCUUUUCCGAGUAAUUACUGGGACAAAUUUGUGAAGAGGAAGUCCGUGGUUUUGUUUGUAUUGUGGCAGGUGAUGGCCAAGUACAGCGAGUUGUACGGCUCAGAGAGGAUCAGUGGGCUGCUGGGUUUGGAUAAGACAACACUGGAUUUCAGCUACGAAGCCCGGAACGGAAGAAGACCAGCCCGAGAACUACUGAACUCCAUUGACAUGAAAUAUCAGAUCUGGAAACUUGGAGUGGUGUUCACCGACAACUCAUUCCUCUAUCUUGCCUGGUACAUGCUGCUGUCCAUUUUGGGCCACUACAAUAAUUUCUUCUUCGCCGCUCACCUCUUGGACGUCGCCAUGGGCUUUAAAACGUUACGCACCAUACUGUCUUCCGUCACGCACAAUGGAAAACAGUUGGUUCUGACUGUGGGACUGUUGGCCGUGGUCGUAUAUCUCUACACCGUCGUCGCCUUCAACUUCUUCCGCAAGUUUUACAAUACAAGUGAAGAUGGCCAAACUCUGGACAUGAAGUGUGAUGACAUGCUGACGUGUUAUAUGUUCCACAUGUACGUGGGCGUGCGUGCCGGAGGGGGGAUCGGCGAUGAGAUCGAAGACCCGGCCGGAGACGAAUCUGAGUUCUACCGCGUCGUCUUCGACAUCACGUUCUUCUUCUUCGUCAUCGUCAUCCUCUUGGCCAUCAUUCAGGGUCUGAUCAUCGACGCAUUUGGAGAGCUGAGAGACCAGCAGGAGCAGGUGAAAGAGGACAUGGAGACGAAAUGUUUUAUCUGCGGCAUUGGGAGUGAAUAUUUUGAUGCCGUCCCUCAUGGCUUUGAGACUCACACGCUGCAUGAACACAACCUGGCCAACUACUUGUUCUUUGUGCAGUACCUCAUCAAUAAAGAUGUGACGGAACACACAGGGCAGGAGUCCUACGUGUGGAAGAUGUACCAGGAACGCUGCUGGGAGUUUUUCCCAGUCGGAGACUGUUUCCGAAAACAGUAUGAGGAUCAGCUUGGUUAAAUAUACUGACAUUAAGGACUCGUCUUAUUAAUAUGUUCCCAUUCUCUGAUAUGGAAAUAAUUCAUAUAUAUUUUCGAUGCAACAGGCAGUUGUUGCAUUCUGCAUAUUUUUGACACUGAUUCUGUUGGUUUGGAUGCAGUGCGGAGGAAUGGUGGGGCUCCUGGACGCUUUUGAUUGGUUACGAAUAAGGCCGGGGUUAGUGCUUAUAACGUUUCAUGAAAUUACUCUCCCUCGUUAGAACUAGGUUUAAUGUGAGCUCUAAUUACACACACAUCUGUCCAGUACGAAAUAUGAUAUUGUUCCACACAUCUGCUCGGGUAAAGCAGAAGGAACUGAUUUUCUCAUAAUACUUCGAGCUCAAGUUCUAUUUAAAAACAAAAACAAAUUAUUGCCUAACAAUACACAUUUCGAACAUUCAAGACCAACACACCAGAGCUAGUACGACUAAUAAGUAAAUAAAUAUCAGCCAAUGCAAUGCAGUAUUCAUUCAGUCUUUCAUCUUCAAUAAGUGCUUUAUCCUGGUCAGGAUCAUGGCGCAUCCGGAGUCUAUCCUGAGAAUGCUAGGCAGGGAUACACCAAUCUGUCUCAGGAGAACCCAGAGGAACCCCAGGCAGAUACACAGACAGUAACCCAAGCUCCGAAUCGAACCAGGAAGCUGCACCACUGUCUGUACAAACAUUAAAAGCCCACGAUGUUUCAGUUUACGAACCAUAAAAAAAAAAGAACAGUCGCACCAAAUGACAUAGCUUUAAUGUAGCCUAAUUUAAACGUACACCUCGCUUACUUCAGUACUCUUCUGUAUUGCUCAGUGAUUCUGUGAGCGAUGCUGCCAUGUGCAGAGUACAGUAAAAAGAACAUUUAUUACCAUCAAUCUGUUUUGUUUUCUUUGUAUUUUGUUAGCAGGAGUUCUUCAUGCAGAUCACUGCAAAUGAAACACAAGGUACAGAUGGAUAAAUCAAGUCACCAUUUAUU